AUGCACCGUGUGGAUCAUAAUGGAGUUCUAGUACGGACUCUCCAGCUGAAUCCACAAAGGCGCAGGAAGUACUUUGUACUAGGGCCAAACAGUUUGUGGCACAUAGACGGCAACCACAAACUGAUAAGAUGGCGUAUUGUUGUGCAUGGUGGUAUUGACGGCUUUAGUCGUCUCAUUGUGUACUUGAGUGCCGCUACCAACAACCGUGCAGCAACAGUACUGAAUCACUUUCUGGGAGCUGUUGAAGUGUAUGGCAUUCCAUCUCGGGUGAGAUCAGAUAAAGGUGGUGAAAAUGUUGAUGUUGCACACUUCAUGGUAGCCAACAAAGGAUUGAACAGGAAUUCACAUAUUGCUGGCAGGAGUGUCCAUAAUCAAAGAAUAGAGAGGCUCUGGAGAGAUGUUUAUGUGGGAGUGCUUGAUCUCUUCUACACCCUCUUCACCAACCUUGAGAGAGAAGGCCUUCUGAACCCUGACUUCGAACUCCAUCUCUAUGCUCUACACUGGAGCUUUCUGCCACACAUUCAGAAGCACCUCACCUUUUUCCAACGCGGUUGGAACUGCCAUCGACUGCAAACUGAAGGAAAUCAGACUCCACUUCAGAUGUGGUCUGGCUAUGAGCGUGAAGCACAACACGACCCCAUGCAGGUAGACAGUGAGUAUGGUGUUGACUGGACAGCACCAUGUGGUCAUCGACAACCUCAUGUUGUGGUCCCUGAAGUUCAGCUGCAGCGCUCCCUGUCAGAGGAAGAAAUACACAGUCUGCCACACCCCGAUGACCAAUCCAAAACCUGUAUCGACACUCUCAAUAGCAGCCAGCAGGUCUCUUUCAAAGACACUGUACUCUUUGUAAUGUCUUGGGAGUUUGAGAAGGUGAAAGCACGUUGA